CUCAGGAUGAUCGAACGUCGUCUCGUCGAUCAUUGUGAAAAUACUCCACAGCUCGUCGCUGUGGACGACGACCAAACGUAAAACCCUCACGUUUAUCUGACUGUCUCACUCACUUUUUCGCUCUUGUAUUCUCAAGACCUUACACAUUAAUAGUCUCCGACUAUUUGCUCCCACUUGAGAACUCUCAGCUGCUGGCAGAAUGUCACGUACUAGCUCAGCAUUUGAAACGGCCAGCACUUCAUCGCCGCUAUUUACAUCCUCUUUCCCUGGUCCUCCUACCAGUACCGACAGUGAUGGCAGUAACAGUGCCGAACCUAGCUUAACCUCGAGCGCUGCCUUAUACCUUUACACCUUUCUUGCUACACUUGUCGUUCUCCUUGCUGUCUCAUCCGCUAUUGUUGUUCGCAGCCUCGUGCUUCGACGACGCCACCAACGCAUCGUAGAAGAGGCUAUCCGAGCAGGCACAUGGCACCCUCACCAACCAUAUGACUCCAGAGGGAGUCGCAGACGAAGAGACAUCGGAAAGAAACCCAAGUUGUGGGAGGCAUGGCUCCGCAGUAGUGAUGAAGAGGGCCCAUUUGACGGUAAAUGUGCUUGGGAUGACAUAAUGCCCGUCUACGCCGCUCAUAUUAAAUCUGCUCCAACUCCACGAUCCCCUAGGCCAGAGCCACCCCAAAUCCGAUCUGACGCGUCGUCUCGCACGAUGCGCUUCCUACGACCUUUCCAUACACCAUUUUCACCAGCACUAGCGACAUCAUCUCCGAUUGUCCCUUCAACACCUGUAUCUUCAUCUCCGUCAAUAUCGGCACCACCUGCCGUAAGCGUAGCUGUCCUCAUUGCAAUGCCCACACAAAAGCAUGCACGGGAGGCAGACGGACCACCUGUCAUUGAGCUUGGUGUUGUCGACGUCCCUCUCCGGGACACGAGCCUAAGCGGUGACCAGCCAUAACAGGCACACACUGCUUCUGGGCGAUGCAUGUAUACCUAUUGUUUUUUUAGUCCUUGUACUUAAUACUACAACAUAUUACGUCAACAUGUCGCAUAGAUGUUAUGUACUUACCGACCGCCAUACAGACAUACCAUUACUUACGUAGGCGUUGAUCCGUCCGUUCGUCCUUAACAUAGCUUUCUUGAUCAAAGUAGCGUGUUAAUGCUUUCUGGGAUGGUCGCCGUGGUGUGCUCGCAGCAAUCGAAUUCUG